UGAGUCUACAGACGGCUGUUAACACUUGUUGGGCACUCUAUGUUCAAUUUCGUUAAUGAGGUUUGAGCUGCGAUUGUGCAGUAGAGCAUGCUGCUCUUGAUUCAUUCUUAGGAUUGUCCUAACUUUCAAAUUGGAGCCUGUUGUUGAGACAAGGAGGCUAUAUCUGUUAUUCCAUUUGUGAAAUGGAUUUUUCUGUGCCUUGUAUGUAUUGGAUUCUGUCCCGCUUGCGAUGUAGUGUAGGGGUCCUGUAGUGCACCCCCGGUUGUCGAGAUGGAAUCUGGACCAUUGAUUGCCGAGAUAGAUGGUUCGGAUUGUGCACUAUACCUCUGCAGAGCAUCGCCGCACUACAGUACCCCCUUGUCCAAAUAGAUAGGGUUGGGGUAACUGUUUUUGGUUAAAAGAAUGGGAGGAGGAUUUAGGGUGCUGCAUCUGGUCCGGCCAUUUUUAUCAUUUUUGCCAGAAGUUCAGAGUGCUGACCGGAAGGUUCCUUUCAGAGAGAAGGUCAUAUAUACGGUCAUUUCUCUUUUCAUCUUUCUGGUUUGCAGUCAGCUCCCUCUAUAUGGCAUACACUCUACAACAGGUGCAGACCCUUUCUAUUGGAUGCGUGUUAUUCUUGCUUCAAACCGUGGAACUGUCAUGGAAUUGGGGAUUACGCCUAUUGUGACUUCUGGACUGGUGAUGCAACUCUUGGCUGGGUCAAAGAUCAUUGAAGUGGACAACAGCGUCCGUGAGGAUCGUGCACUCCUAAAUGGUGCACAAAAGUUGCUGGGAAUCCUUAUUGCUGUUGGUGAGGCUGUUGCCUAUGUUCUCUCUGGAAUGUAUGGCAGUGUCGGCCAACUUGGUGUUGGGAAUGCUAUUCUGAUUAUAAUUCAGCUUAUCUUUGCUGGUAUUAUAGUCAUAUGCUUGGAUGAACUUCUCCAGAAGGGAUAUGGUCUUGGCUCUGGGAUUUCCUUAUUUAUUGCAACCAAUAUCUGUGAAAGUAUAAUCUGGAAAGCAUUUAGCCCCACAACUAUUAACAGUGGGCGUGGAGCUGAAUUCGAAGGUGCUAUUAUUGCUUUGUUCCAUCUGCUGAUAACUAGAACAGAUAAAGUCCAUGCUCUGCGGGAGGCUUUCUAUCGGCAAAACCUUCCAAAUGUGACAAACUUGCUGGCUACUGUCUUGAUAUUCCUUGUUGUGAUAUAUUUCCAAGGUUUCCGUGUUGUUUUGCCUGUGAGAUCCAAAAAUGCGCGCGGACAACAGGGCUCUUAUCCGAUUAAGCUAUUUUACACCUCAAACAUGCCCAUCAUUCUCCAGUCUGCACUUGUUUCCAACCUUUAUUUCAUCUCUCAGUUGCUCUACAGGAAGUUCAGUGGAAAUUUCCUUGUAAAUCUCUUGGGCAAGUGGAAGGAAUCGGAAUAUUCUGGGCAGUCUAUCCCAGUUGGUGGUCUUGCUUACUAUGUCACUGCACCAUCAAGCUUGGCAGACAUGGCAGCCAACCCUUUCCACGCUCUCUUCUACAUAGUGUUCAUGCUGUCAGCCUGUGCACUGUUUUCAAAGACUUGGAUUGAGGUUUCCGGAUCUUCUGCUAGAGAUGUGGCCAAGCAGCUUAAGGAGCAACAAAUGGUGAUGCCUGGACAUCGAGAUUCAAAUCUACAAAAGGAACUGAAUCGCUACAUCCCAACUGCAGCUGCCUUUGGGGGAAUGUGCAUCGGUGCCUUGACAGUGCUGGCAGACUUCAUGGGGGCAAUUGGCUCUGGGACAGGUAUUCUGCUUGCGGUUACAAUCAUCUACCAGUAUUUUGAGACAUUUGAGAAGGAGAAAGCCAGUGAGCUAGGUUUCUUUGGCUUUUAAGCCUCUCUUUGUAGUUUCUUGUCGAACAACAGUAUGAUAGCGAACAAUAGUGUGAUAGCCAACCGCAUAUAUCGAUGUAGUUUCACUUGUAAGCGUCUGUGCCAUUUACUUUUUUACUUCUCUAAUUUCGAAAUUUAAAAACAAAGCGUAGAUUUUUUUUGUCCA